AUGCAAAACACGCAUUUCUUCCUCUUUUUCUCGCAUUUUUUAACAUCUAUACAACUCAAUUAUUUGACACCAUUACAACUUGCAUUAAAUGUUUCUUUUUCGUUUCUUCUUGUCGAACAUAAACACACACACGCAGAUAUUUCUUUAUUACUUUCUUCACUAAAAAUUGCAGCUGAAUGCACUGGACCAGUUACACGUCAAAGUCUUGCCGAUUUUGAAGAUGAAGCAUCACUACCUGCUGCUGCCAGUGCUACUACUGUCAAACUAAAGGAACUUCGUGAUAAAAUAAAAUUACUUGUUCCUGAACUUAGAACUAAUACAGUGGAUAGCCCACAUGUCUAUGGUUGA